UCGCAGACAAGCUCAGCAGGCUAAUGUGAGGCAAGCUGCUCAAGAAGCCAAAGAAGAAGCUCAUUGAAAGAGAAAGGCUCGCCAUCUUGAUCGAGAAAAGUCAGCAGAUGAUGCAAGUUCUUCGAUGCAGUGUGCUGUGCGCAACAGCACACAGACGUGGUCGCACGGCUCAUUACAUGUUUGGUAUCCCAAUCACCAAUGAGAGCAUGGACAUCCAUUCCACUAUCCACCUGUUCUCGCCAAGAGCAGAUCUCAUUUGGAAUGCAACUGCUAUCAUCUGGGAUGAAUUACUGAUGGCAAAAAAGCGGCAUGGGAGUGCGUGGACCAGCAUUGUCGACGCAUCAUGAACAUCUACAACAAACCUUUCGGAGGGAUUCCUGUGAUAGGACUGGGAGACUUUCGACAAGUAGGUCGAACAUUGUGGUCAGCGUUGAAUGAGGAAAGGGAGACUGCGAAC